AUGAGCGAUUUUUUGGCUGAGCCGUGCCGGCAGAGUCGUAGUAGUGGUAAAGAAGAAAACGAAAUUCGUAAAAUAUUCUAUCAACAUUGGGAGAAACUGAAGAAUCGAAUGGAAGAAGAUAUGGUGGGAAUCAAUGAAUGGCGCUCUCGAAGUAUUCAAGAAAUCAAAUCUUAUGCGGAUGAACAAAUUCGUAUUCUCAAAUUUGAUUACGAUAAUCAACGACGUAUUUUCGAUGAAAAACGUACACAGAAUCUUGAACUAGCAAAAGUUUAUCGUGAGUCAAGAGAGAAAGAGCUAUUUAGUGAACUAUGUACUGCAUGUCAAUCAUUGCAGUUUCAAGUGGCACAACUUGAGAAUGUUGUCUAUGAAAAAUCUCGUCCUAAAGUGAUAACUGUAGAAGAGCAAAUGAAAAGAACAAAGCAAGACACGGCUAAAUUGAAUAGAAGUCAAUUUGAAAACAAUCGAACAAGAUCGACAAAUGAGAAUGUUCAUAUAAGGGAUAGCAAUGAAAAUGAUAUUACAAGAUCAUUCGGCCAGUCAAUACCGUCAAUGUCAAAUGAAACACAGUAA